AUGAGCAAGCCAAAGACAGCAGUUCCAAGUCUCUCUCCAAGUAAGGAGAUUAUGGAAUUGAAAUCACUAAAGCGCCAGCGAACUGCUGCGAAAAAUAGUAUAGUGCGCAUAAAAACGGGUCUCCUCGAUAAAACAAUGUCGUUAGAUCCAAUUGAAUUGGAGUGUCGACUGGACAUUUUGAACUCUCAUAGCGAUAAGCUAAUGAAGUGUCAGUCGAAAAUUGAAGAAAUCGACGAGGAAGACAUAGCCCGUGGGGAGUUAGAGGACCUAAUAGUGGAAACUAAGUCCGUUAUAAAAUCUAUUCUGGCGAGAAAUAAAUCGUCAAUAGCCGAAAUAUCCUUUGUUGCACCUCACAGCUCGCGACUACCGAAAAUGUUGCUACCUAAAUUUAAAGGGGAAUAUUCAGAAUUUAAAAAUUUUAUGAGUCUGUUCGAGAGUUUGGUGCACAACGAUCCUACAAUCCCAGACAUUGAAAAAUUUAAUCACUUAGUUAACUGUCUGUCUGGUGAAGCUUUGGGAGCGGUAAAGGCCUUCCAAAUGUCGGACGAAAAUUAUUCGAAGGCGUUGGCUAGUCUCAAAAAAGUUUACGACAAUAAAUGCUUAAUAUUUUUGGACACAACUUCCAAACUUUUUGAACUGCCAACUAUCCCAAAGCCAUCUGCGCUUUCAUUGCGCACAAUGAUUGAUACAGUGUCGGCUGUUUACGACUCGUUGCUGUCGUUAGGUGACGAGAAAAACAUAACAAACGCUAUCAUAAUUCAUCUGGUAAUGUCAAAAGUUGACACCGUUACUCGGUCAAAGUGGGAGGAACAGUUGGAUUAUGAUAAGCUGCCAUUAUGGCGUGAGUGUGAGGCAGCAUUAAAUAAACGCUACCAACAUUUAUCUGCCGAUGAAGCCUCAACGUCGAGGCUAAAGCCGUCAAGCAGUCACAGCAUUCAGAAACCCCACCUUCAUGCCGGAAGGACAAAAGCUGCCUUAGUGACUUCAAAUAUAAAACAGCCGGUGUGUCCGCACUGUAAAUCAAAUGAUCAUAGUAUACCCGCGUGUCCUACUUUUAAAAUUCUCUCUGCUCAGCAGCGAUUUGAGUUUGCUAAAUCAGUCCCCUUAUGUAUAAAUUGUUUGCGAAAGGGGCACUCAGUUUCAAAGUGCAAAGCGGAUCGGUGUCGUGUUUGCAACCGUUCGCAUCACACGUUGCUGCACCAGUACCCUGUAUCCUUUGCAACUGCACCACAACUUUCGACCUCGCAUGCCAUGCACACGACGAGUACGCCAGAUCGGGUUAUGUUGGCUACAGCCGUAGUCAACGUAAAAGGUAGCUCCGGAGAGUACCUUCCUGCACGAGCCUUGCUGGAUUCUGGAUCUCAGGUGAAUUUCAUGACAGAGGAUUUGGCGCAGAAAUUACGAAUUCGUCGCGAAAGUACGACCUUAAAUAUUAUCGGCAUCGGAAAUGCAACCAAAAAAGUAAGGACGAAAUUAAAUACGUUUGUAAAAUCGCGGGUCAAUAAUUAUGAGUUUUCGGCACAGUUUUGGAUAAUGCGAUCCAUUUCAGCCAGCCAUCCAGAUCGUAACGUAAAUAUUAAUGGCUGGAAAAUUCCUAAAAACAUUAGCUUAGCGGACCCAGAAUUUCACAAGGCUCAAAAGGUAGAUCUUUUGUUAGGUGCUGAAACAUUUUUCGAGCUUUUAGCUGUAGUCCAGAUCAAGGCCAGCCCCAAUCACCCAACACUGCAAAAGACACUUUUAGGCUGGGUUGUGUCUGGCAAAUACGCCUCCAACCAACGUCCUCCUCCCACAGUCAGUAGCACAUUAUGCCAUACUGAACAAGAUCUAGCAAAUAUAGAUUCCAUUAUCCAAAGGUUCUGGGCGAUGGAAGAAAUACCUUCAGUUUCUAGCUCAACAAAAUUCACACCUGAACAAAUAGAGUGUGAAAAAUUUUUCGUAAAAACUACUAAAGUUUUGCCUUCAGGAAGGCUUCAAGUAAGACUGCCUUUCAAAGAUGACCGUAAGUUACUCGGUAAUUCCUAUGAAACCGCGUCUCGGCGGUGUCAGGCCCUGGAGAGAAAGACCUUGAAAGGUCCAGAGCUUCGUCAAAUGUAUCUGGACUUCAUGAAUGAAUACAUCGAAUUGGGUCACAUGAGCCCAACAAAUAAUAAGAUCCCGAGUGAGCCACACUACUUCAUUCCGCAUCAAUGCGUUCUUGGGCCUGAAAGUACGACGACAAAAUUACGUGUUGUUUUCGACGCAUCAAGUCGUACCUCUUCUCAAAUUGCGUUGAAUGAAAUCUUGAUGGUUGGGCCGACCAUUCAAGAAGAGCUGUAUUCAACACUUCUUCGUUUUUGUUUGCAUAAAUAUGCAUUUACGGCGGACAUUACUAAAAUGUACCGCCAAAUUCUCAUGCACGAAGAAGAUAACAACUUUCAGCUUGUAGUGUGGGGCAGCAUCCCUCUGAGCCACUUCAAAUCUUUCGACUUAACACCGUAA